AUGUUCUGCUGUUUCGCGCGGCCCAAGGCGGGCGACGACGACAAUGUCAACGACGAUUAUGCGACGCCUGCGCCGCCCGCGCGAAGCACCCCGCGGAAGCCCGCACCUUCCGCAUCUUCCCCCGUCGGCGACGCCGGCGUACGCGAAUACGCCAGUAAAAUGGCGGCCGCCGACGACCGCGUCGCCAUGUCGUCGGUCGCCGUGUUACACGCCGCCCAAAUUCGCAGCAUUCGCUCAGAAAAUGCCACCGGGAUCAGCGGUGGCGGCGGCGCCGCCGGCGGCGGAGGAGGCAGCAGCGGAGGCUUUGGCGGAGUCGGCGGCGGAGGCGGCAUUACCGCAGCGCAUGGCGGCGGAGGAGGUGGGUCGGGUCGCGGGGGUUCCCGGGAUGCUUCGUCAAAACCUCCUAUAGCGACAGAUAGAGGCAAGAGCCACAUGGGGCCGGUAAUUAUGGCGGCUGGCCCGGGGCUAGGGUUUGGCCCAUCGGGUAUAGACAUCAGACCAGGCAGCGGCGCAGGUGGCGGAGGGGGAGGUUUGGAUGAUCGGCCGAGCAGCGCCGGACCGACGACGAUACAGCAGCACAUGCAGCACCACCAGCAGCUGCACCAGCACCAGCAGCACUAUGCCGCGGCCGUGGGAUCGCGCGCAGUGAACAGUGCCGGAUCCGUAUCGUAUCUCAACGCCAUGCCUGGGCGGCAGCGCAUCGUGGCUUGGCUGGAAGAAUCGGAUCAGUCGUUUGCGACGGUAGACGAAACCACGAACGAACCGGUGCGACUCAAGUCUCCGGGGGGUAAGCAGGCGGAAGGGGAGGGGGACGGGGAGGGGGGAGGGGAGGGGGAAAGCGGGCGGGAAGGGAGCGCAGACGCAGCGGCUCUGAAACGUCUCGGGUUGUUUCUUUCGAGCCUGCCCGCCGGGCAGUAUGAAGACCGCGGCAGCCCCACAGCAGCGCCUCCGUCCGCCUCGGGGGAGUCCAGCGGCGGAGUGGGGGGACCCAGCGGAGCAUGGAGCGCGGGAGGCGGAGGGGGAGGGGGCGGGGGAGGCAGCAGCAGCACGGGGACACACGGGCAGUCAGGUUAUUCCGCCAUGGCUACCGCGGGUUCAGGUGUUACUGGCCCGAGUUACACCAGCCCGGGUAUUCCAGGGGGAGGUUUUACUGGCGCAGGCUUAUCUGGUGCGCGCAGGGCUUCCCCGAGUAAUUCCAAGCGGGACCUGCUUCCGCCUCCCGCGGGGGGGCAUGGCGGAGGGGCGGGAGGCGGAGGUGGUAGUGGGGGGAAUCCACUGGGGGGAAACCCGAUGGCGCGGACGCGAUCAAGCCAGGAGCCCGUGCGGUUGGUGCCGCAGAUGGACAGCGCAGAGGAGAGCGCGCAGGCGGGCGCUGCGCCUUCCCCCCUCCCCGCUGCAGCAGGCGCGCUGGGGGGCGGAUCCAGUGGGGCGGGGGGAGCCAGAGGCGCAGGUGUGUUGGCGCCGUCGUUAAGCUUUGCGAAUGGGGUUGGUUCAGGCACGGGGGCAGGGGCGGCUAGUGGCGCAGGGGUAGGGGCUGGGACAGGAUUGGGACCGGGGGCAUCCGCAGGGGUUGGGGGUGGCACUGGCUCGGGUGCUGGUGCUGCUGGUGGCGCUGGUGGGGCUGGUGGCGCUGGUGGCGCUGGUGGUGCUGGUGGCGCUGGUGGGGCGAAGGAGAAGGAGAGCCUUCGUGUCCAGGCACUGAGUAAUGCCAUUCGGCACAGCAGUCACGGCGGGGAGAAGGACAGAGACAGCCACAGAGACAAAGAGCCGCUAGGCCGUUCCUCCACUCAGUACUCAGAAGAGGGAGGGUCAGCAGCAGCAGUAGCCGGAUCAGCUGUUGCUGCCACUGCUGGGUUCGGUGGGAGCGCAAGAGGCUUGGGAGGGGGUUUUGCUUCGGACACUGCUUCGGAUACGGCUGCAGGGCACGUGCAUUUGAGGGAUGGUAGCUUCCCCCCGUCCCCUGCUCCGGAUAAGUCGUGGUAUGCUGUGUCGCCAUUGGUGGAUUUUCACCCCGGGUCCAGUCCGCCGCCCCCUUUCGUUCCCGGGCAGAGUCCGCUGAGAGACAGUGGUUUUAAGCUGCCCUUGCCUGCUGUGGGAGGGAAUGGGGCAGGCAAUUCCGGGCACGAGGGAUUAGGGGAGAUACAGACUGAUGGUGCCCGGAUAGGGGCUGAGGGGAAGGGGGAUGUUGAAUCGUCUGUUGAUGGUGGGAAGGGAGGUGCAGCUGAGGGUUCUUCUCACGAGGAAGCUAGUAUGAGUUAG